AUGAGAAGAGGAUGUGGAGAUGUGAUUGAAGGCAGAGUUUUGAUAAAUGGAACAGCCAGAAUUGCAACAACAGAUUCUGAUUUCAUUUGCGCCACUUUGGAUUGGUGGCCUCCUGAGAAAUGUGAUUAUGGUACUUGUAGCUGGGGUCGAGCUUCUCUCCUAAACCUAGACCUUAGCAAUAAGAUACUGCUCAAUGCUGUUAAAGCACUUUCUCCAUUAAAACUCAGAUUGGGUGGUACCUUACAAGACAAACUGAUAUAUCAGACUGAAGGAAGUCAAUGCCAACUGUUCACUAAAAAUGAAACCGAGAUGUUUGGUUUCUCUCAAGGUUGCUUGCCCAUGUCUCGAUGGGAUGAACUUAAUACUUUCUUCAACAUAUCUGGGGCUCUGGUUAUUUUUGGAUUAAAUGCACUGAACGGGAGGACCAUAACCCCAGAUGGUAAAGCUGUGGGGGCUUGGGAUUCAAGCAAUGCUGAAUCUCUCAUCCGUUAUACUGUCAAUAAAGGCUAUUCAAUCCACGGAUGGGAACUUGGAAAUGAACUGAGUGGGGUAGGAAUCGGAACAAGAGUGGCAGCAGAUCAGUAUGCAUCAGAUACAGAUAAUCUUGAGAGGAUUGUGCAAAAGAUAUACACAGUAGAAAUACCUAGGCCUCUCUGGAAGCCUCUUGUCAUAGCCCCUGGAGGGUUCUUUGAAGCAAAUUGGUUCACAGAAUUCAUAAACAAAUCUUCUCAAUCUGUGGAAGUUGUCUCCCACCACAUUUACAACCUUGGCCCAGGGUCGGACAGUAAUCUGGUGAACAAAAUCUUGGAUCCAAAAUAUCUAGAUAAUACUGGACGUCAGCCAUUUAGAGAUCUCCAAGGCAUUCUAGCAAGCUCAGAAAGUUCAGCAAUGGCAUGGGUUGGUGAAGCAGGAGGGGCUUAUAACAGCGGCCGUCAUCUUGUCAGCAAUGCAUUUGUGUACAGUUUCUGGUAUUUGGAUCAACUUGGAAUGGCAGCAUCCUAUGAAACCAAGACAUAUUGCAGGCAAACAUUGGUUGGUGGCAAUUACGGCCUACUCAACACUACUACGUUUGUUCCAAACCCUGAUUACUACAGCGCUCUUCUUUGGCAUCGAUUAAUGGGACCUAAGGUGUUAUCUACCAAAUUUUUGGGGACAGACAAAAUUCGUGCUUACGCUCAUUGUUCAAAAAUCUCUCAAGGAAUCACAGUAUUGUUAAUGAACCUGGACGGGGAGAACACAGUUAAUGCUAAUGUUUCAACUGAAACCGAAGGCGUUGUUCAUGGAAAUAUUCAAAGGGAAGAGUACCAUUUAACCCCAGAAAAUGGAGACAUACACAGUCAGAGUGUUCGUCUCAAUGGGGAAGUUAUUUCAGUUGAUUCAUUUGGCAUCAUACCAGAGUUACACCCAGUCAGAGUCAACGUGAAAUUUCCAAUCAUUGUUGCUCCUUUCUCCGUUGUAUUUGUUCAUAUUCCCACUCUCAAGCUUCAGGCUUGUAUGUAA